UCACUCCCCUAUCUCAAUCUCAACCGUUAAUUCUCAUCCAAAACCUCCCCUCACAAACAACUUCACUCAUUUCAUCCAAUUCCGUUAUCCUCUCUAACCGCCGGUCAAAAUGGCAGCAACCGCCACCACCGCCGCUCUUCAACAAACUCCGAUCACAUUCCAACGCACUCCGUCACUCCGUAUAACCUUCGUCAAUCCAGAAAAACUCUCGUUUUCCGGUGGUUUACGUCUCCAAAACCUCUCAAUCAAGCUCGCCGGAACCUCACGCCGCGGCGGAGGCGCUUCGAGCGCAAAAAUGGCGGAUUCCGCCGCCGGAAGCUACGCCGCAGCACUAGCAGAAGUAGCCGUUGCAAACGGAACGCUAGAAGCGACUGUCAAAGACCUAGAUCUGGUCGAUAAACUGUUUUCCGAUUCAACAAACUUCAACUACUUCACUAGCCCUAUCGUAAGCCUCGAACAGAAACGCGCACUCAUCGAUGACGUCACCGCGUCAGGUAAGCUUCAGAUUCACGUCUGCAACUUCCUCAACAUAUUAAUCGAGAGCAAACGGAUAGAUCUGAUUAAGGAGAUUGUUAAGGAGUUUGAACUUGUUUACAACAAAUUAACUGAAACUGAACUUGCUGUUGUAUCGUCGGUUGUGAAGCUUGAAGAACAGCAUCUGGCUCAGAUUGCAAAACAGGUGCAGAAACUCACCGGAGCGAAGAAUGUGCGAGUGAAAACGGUUAUUGAUGAGUCGUUAGUUGCCGGUUUUACAAUCAGGUAUGGAAAUUCUGGAUCUAAAUUGAUUGAUAUGAGUGUGAAGAAGCAGUUGGAAGAAAUUGCUACACAGCUUGAAAUUGGAGAUCUUUCACUUGCAGUAUGAUCGAAAUUUUCGAUAUCGAAUUCGAAUUUGAUAUUCAUGAGUUUAUAAUUUAUAAUUUGGUUUAUGAAUAUAAUAAUUUUGAGAGAUUUGUAAUUAUGUUUUUGCAUGAGACAGUUACAUUACAAAUUUACAAUAAUUUGCUCAUAUAUGAUUAUAUAUUUUGUUUUAGAAUU